CUGCUCCGACCUGGUCACAUGACUCUGCCCAUUGUGAUGUAAAAGGUUCUAUACCGUCAUCCAUACUGCGUGCUCGUGCCAUGGAGAGAAGACAUGUUUUCUGGCUUAUGUGCCUACUGCUUCUUCUACAUACGGCCACAUGUCCAAUUCCACUAAGAGCUCGUCGUGACAUCCCCGUCGAUUUUGAAGCUCUCGCUGAGAUGCCUGUAGAGCGGCCUGGACCUGAAGAUGAUUAUGGAUUGCUACCACACCACCCUUCCAUUCAUCUGCGAGUGACUCGCCGCCAGUCACCAGGGCUACUACAGGCCGGGAGAAGCAAACGCGAUGAUCCUGACAUUGGGGAGCUGUAUUACAAUGACCUCAUCUGAGACCGCUGGAUCCAGGAUCAUAAAUAAAAGAAAGUGCAAA